UAUUUGCCCCCGAACCUUCUCGCAUUAUUUGCUCCUCGUGACCCCAUACCCUUUCUUGCACCAAUUGAAAAACACAAAUAUCACAGAAAGCUGCCAUAUACUGGAGUUGCACAAUUCUUAAAUGAAUUCGAAGAUCCGGCUGACACUCCACUUCCUACUAAAAUAGAAACUCGUGAAGAACGAAAAGAGCGAAAAAGGCGAGAAAAACAGGAGCAAGCCAACUACAAGCUUGAAAGGGAUCUUGCAUUAUGGAAUCCAAAGAAAAAUCCAGACGCCACUAGUGAUCCGUAUUCAACACUUUUCGUGGCAAGACUGAACUAUGAUUCCGGUGAAAGUAAGCUGAGAAGAGAGUUCGAAGUCUAUGGACCAAUUAGAAGGAUCGUGCUGAUCAAAGACAAAUUCUGUGCAAAACCUCGUGGUUAUGGCUUCAUCGAGUUCGAAAAUGAACGUGAUAUGCAGGCGACUGUCGAUGAACCCUUUUCUCAGACAACCCCGGGCUUGAGUAAGUUAUAA